UGCACGACCGGCCAAAAACGCAGAGGACAGCCUACUGAACCUGUGAUCGGUCUCUGUGAGGACAUGCUGCUCUGUGAUUGGUCGGCUGUCUGUAAGGGUGUCUCCUGCCCUUUGAUUGGCUGGCUGCAUGCAGGAUCCGUGUCCUCUGUGUGAUGAAGCAAAAGAGCAGCUGCAGCCAUUCAGACACCGGCUGGUUCUUCAGCAGGUGGACAUCAGCCUCCCAGAGAACCGGCUGUGGUGGGACAGGUACAAGUGGGACAUACCUGUGUUUCACCUGAACGGUCAGUUUGUCAUGAAGCACCGCCUGGAUGCCGCCCUACUGGAUAAACUGCUGCAGGACACCGAAAGCCAAUAAUUCGAAAAUAAUCAAUAAAUACAAAUGAUCAAUAAGUCUGUGGCUUCACUGUGUCAUCUUUAAACAGCCAAUCAGAGCAGCUUUUACUGUUACAUCAGUGAAACAGAUCCUGGCUCUGUUGAGUAACCUGAUCCCAAUACCUCAUCAAUAUUUAACCUUCCCAUAGCUCUAAGCCAAUCACAGCUCAUUUCCACUUGUCCGUGUGACUUGGUCACCGUGGAGACCUCUGGUGUGCUGUCAGGCAGGUGGAGGUGUGGAGGUGU